AUGUCUGAUGCCACGCGUACUGCAGCAAUGAACUCAUCGCCUAAAGUUAGAUUCCGGAGACUUCAAGUACUCGGUAGAAGAGCGGUUGAGCAGGUGCUCAAAACAUCCUUUUCAGAGGAACAGAUUAGACAAUGUUAUCCAACAAUUGUUGAAUCAGAGGCAGGAUCUGCAAAGUUGGAAACUGGAGUCACCCGGCUUCAGGAAUAUCUUCACGAUAGCACAGUGACUGAAUUUAAUCACAUAUACGAUGAAAAUUCGUUGUCUCUGAAGUUGGACGAGUUGGACUAUCUCAUACAUCUGGCACAAGAAAGAAAACAACAGGGAGGCUCUUUGAAUGAAGACAAGCCAGUUGCAAUUGACAAGUUACCUGCAGAAGAUAUCAUGAGCUCGAUUGCUCUUAGUGAUAAGGAAGACACGUUAGACAAAUUGAAGUUGAUUUAUGACCAAUUGUGCAAGGAUAAUGACGAUAUGCUUCAAUCAUUAGAUGAGAAGUCAAAGGAAAAUGAGACUUUAGCUGGUAAGAUUUUCGAGAUUUGGAACCCCAUACUACGCCAGGAAGAUGUGAUGCAAAGAAAUCUAAUACGAAAUAAUAAGUCUUUAUAUAACUCGACUAACUAA